GACACGUCCGUGUGCCCACCGCUGCGACAGCCGUUGCAGGCAGAGCUCUUCAAGCGCUUGACCUUGCCAUAACGACACCCGGUCCCUUCACCAAGACUGACUGGAAGCACCGUGGCUGCGUCUUUGCCAAAUGUCGUCUCUUGCUCAAGCACUAUGUGACGACAACCGCGCCGCAGCGGGUCGAUGCCAGCUACGUACGUCUGCCGUCGGUCCUUGUCGCUGCCAUUGACGCCUUCCUCUUUCCAACGCACCCGUCGGUGACGAGUUUCUUUUCACCAACAAACGCACUCGACCUGCUCCAGGA